ACCCACCGGUAACCCAAUCACUCCCCCUAGACUUUUUCUCUGCAACUUGCACCCCUACUUUUAAAUAUCCCACACCCCUCUCUCUUUCCCUCUCUCUCUACACCAAAAUGUAUCCAUCGUCUACAUCCUCUUCAUCCCAGGGCUCAAUGGGCAGCAGCAGCAACGGCGGCGGCGGCGGUGGACUCAUACGCUACGGCUCCGCCCCGGGCUCCCUCCUCACCGCGGCGGUCGACUCUGCGACCCGCGAAUUCUCGGCGCUCGGGCCUCAGGCUCAACCCGGCCCGGCCCGUUACUUAGCCUCUGAAUCCGCCGCAAUGGCGAGGCGCGGCAAUCCAAGUGGCGAGGAGCACGCUACAGCUAACACCACGAUUGGUUUGCAGCCCUCGUACGGCUUCGGCGGCGGCGCGUCUUCUACUGCGUUGCUGAGGCAGAGUAGCUCGCCGGCGGGAUUUCUCAAUCACUUAGCAACGGCGGCUGGAGAUAGAAAUGCAGGAUUUUCAGUCACGAGAGGCAUAGGCAGCUACAAUUCAAAGGGAAUAGGUGAGACCGGCGGCGGCAUAUCCAGACUGAAUUCACAGCUCAGUUUCACCGGAAAAGAAUCGCUCUCUCGCAUCUCCGAAGAAGCUGAGGCCGCCGCCAUGGACAACCACCAAAAGAAGUCUUAUGCCACCACUAGCGGUGGCGGCGCUUUCGGAAUGUGGGAACCCAGCAGUAAUCCUAUAAUGUUUUCAGUCGCGCAGUCGAAUCGGGGCAAGAACGUUGGCGACGGUCUUGACGCCAUCGAAUCUCAGUUUCAGUUUAGCAUAUCGCAAACAGCGCAAGACAUGGCAUCAAUGGAGAAGUUGCUCAACAUCCCACAGGAUUCUGUAACAUGCAAGAUUCGAGCAAAGCGCGGCUUUGCUACGCAUCCUCGUAGCAUUGCGGAACGGGAGAGAAGGACACGAAUCAGCGGCAAGUUGAGGAAAUUGCAAGAUCUUGUUCCAAACAUGGAUAAGCAAACUAGCUACGCCGACAUGCUGGAUCUAGCAGUGCAACACAUAAAAACCCUUCAAGAUCAGGUUGAGAAAUUGAACCAUGAUCUUGAUAGCUGCUCAUGCGGAUGCAAGAAGACGUGAGGCGAAGAUGCGUUUCACCUGCGGUAGGAUGUGUAUAUAGAUCGAGAAGGAACUAAUUAAUAUAUCUAAAGCUAUAUCUACGUGAUCGCUGCUUCUGAUUUUUGGAUGUAAAUUUGUUAAUCUAGUUUCCACUUUCAAAUUCUAAUUACUUGUAACAAACUUUUUAUCAUCAAAUUUUUCAAUCUAUUUGGUAUGAGAUUCUUAGACAGGACGACUUAAUCUAGUUGUUUUAUGAGGUUUUGGCCUUAAUUACUCGUUUGUGUUAUGUAUUUUCAAUAAAUAUUCUUUAUUGUCUGA